GAACACAUGAAGAAGAUGCAAGCUGAACUCUUGGCUGAAGUAGAACGUCUCGCUGAAGAAAACACAAGCCUAAAAAUGAUGCAACAUUAAAAUAAACAUACUUCUUUUGAUAGCGUCAUACUAUAAUUGUUUAUUUGUUUGCUUUUUUAACACAAAAGAGUGAUAUACAUUUAUUUUUCUUUUUUCUCUUUCUCUUUCUUUCUCCUUCUUUACAUCAUGAUUGUUAUCAUCGUUAUUUUGCUAUCGCUCUUCCCUUUUUAUAGCAUCCAGGGCGAUUGUGCUUUUAUCAGCGGUGGAGGCUGUGUUAAUGGCUUAUGCAAAUACUGUGCCAUGUGUAUCACCGAUGACUGUAUUUUGGCCACUCCUUAUUCAACAACAGGGGACAACGUCAAUUCUGCCUGCGCUGUGACACAUCAAAAUUACGGUUAUGAAUUCUACAACUACUGCCUAUCAUCGGGCGACGAUGACGAUGGAGAUGACUGUAGUACAAGCACUGUAUGUCACCACUAUGAACAGUCCAAUGCGACAGACGCAAUGCAUGUCUGGGAUAACCUGACGUGUGACCAGGACAGUUGCUUCUUAGUAACCACGCCCCGACAUAUCAAUACAACAUCUAUCGGUAACACCACGCAACCUGUGACAGGCUCAGGUAGCGAUGGCAACAAACAUGUACAAGACCAUGUCGAAGAAAACAAGCAUAAUUCAACCAUCAUUGCUGUUGUAACAGUGUGUACAGUGAUUUCAUUCUGUCUUUUGGCACUCUCGGUACGAAUCCUAUUUUACAAGACAAAGUAUUGGCCCACCAUCAACAAAUACUUUUGCUGUAAUUUCUGGCCUAGGAACAAUAAUGAAACGAUUGAUUCCUCUGUACCAUCGUCAGGACCUCCUUCAUUUCGUUCAGAAAUGGUAAUACGAUCAAAUAACAGUGACUUGCCUGGUUAUACAGGAAGAGAAGUGUCUCCGCCGAAAUAUGAGGAGGCCAUUGUAACUCAAAUUCGAGGUGCGAGAUACCACCAUAAUACGGAUUAUUAUCAGCCUUCAAGUUCUUCACAGGCUGUUUGGGUGCCUGUUUAUGCUAGGCCUGUUCCAUUUGUGCAACAUGAUUGGGCUACGCAGACAAUAAGGCAUCAAACCUUACCUAAUUAAAAGGGAGGAGGGAAGGAGAAAUACACACACACACACACACACAGUAAUGGAGAGAGAGGGGCGAGUGUGGUUAUAUAUAUAUAUACAUAUAUAUAUAAAAAGAGGAGUCAUUGUAAUCAAUCAAAGGUCAGUGUAGUUAAUCGUAUUACUAUGAACCAAGGGAUUAUUAUAAUAUUAAGCGCGUAUAAAUAUGUUAUUUAUUAUUGUUAUUGUCCUGAUUCUAAUAAUUUGUUUCCCCU